GAGGGGGCUGCCAAGAUGGCGUCGUUCUCCGGGUCGUCGACGGUCGGGACUACCUCCUUGGAGUUGGGGAGCAGUAGCUGUACCUCCAGUUCAGGUUUCCACUUUCUGUGCUGUGGGGCCACCCGUAAGAGAGUACAGUCAACCAAAAAAUCUUCGACCCCUUCCUCUGAGGUGUCUGGCUCCUCUGGUCCAGUCAAGAAAAUAGGACAUAGAAGUGUUGAUCCCUCUGGGGAGACGACAUAUAAAAAGACAACCUCAUCAGCCCUGAAAGGUGCCAUUCAGCUGGGCAUUACCCAUACCGUUGGCAGUCUUAGCACCAAACCGGAGCGUGAUGUCCUCAUGCAAGACUUCUAUGUAGUGGAGAGUAUCUUCUUCCCCAGUGAAGGGAGCAACCUGACCCCUGGCCAUCAUUAUAAUGACUUCCGUUUUAAGACUUAUGCCCCUGUUGCUUUCCGAUACUUCCGAGAGUUAUUUGGAAUACGGCCUGAUGACUACCUGUAUUCCCUUUGUAGUGAGCCGCUGAUUGAGCUCUGCAACUCUGGAGCCAGUGGCUCCAUCUUCUACGUGUCCAGUGAUGACGAAUUCAUCAUCAAGACUGUCCAGCACAAAGAGGCCGAGUUUUUACAGAAGCUGCUGCCAGGAUACUACAUGAACCUGAAUCAGAAUCCACGGACUCUGUUACCCAAAUUCUACGGGCUGUACUGUGUACAGGCAGGUGGCAAGAACAUUCGAAUUGUGGUGAUGAACAACCUACUUCCACGCUCAGUCAAAAUGCAUGUCAAGUAUGACCUCAAGGGUUCAACUUACAAACGACGGGCUUCGCAGAAAGAGCGAGAAAAAGUGUUCCCCACCUUCAAAGAUCUGGACUUUUUGCAAGAUAUGCCAGAUGGCCUCUUCUUGGAUGCUGACAUGUAUAAUGCCCUGUGCAAGACUCUGCAGCGAGAUUGCUUGGUGCUACAAAGCUUCAAAAUCAUGGACUAUAGUCUGCUGGUGGCGAUUCACAACAUGGAGCAUGCACAGCGAGAGCGGCUGCCCACUGAAAUGGGUUCUGGGAAUGACACUCGAAAACCAGCCCCACAGAAGGCUCUCUAUUCCACAGCAAUGGAAUCCAUCCAGGGGGAGGCCCGACGGGGUGGCACCAUGGAAACAGAGGACCAGAUGGGUGGCAUUCCUGCCCGAAACAAUAAAGGGGAUCGACUGCUGCUCUAUAUCGGUAUCAUUGACAUUCUACAGUCUUAUAGGUUCAUGAAGAAGCUGGAACAUUCGUGGAAAGCUCUGGUCCAUGAUGGGGACACAGUGUCAGUGCAUAGGCCAGGUUUCUAUGCUGAGCGGUUCCAUCGAUUCAUGUGCCAUACAGUAUUCAAGAAAAUCCCCUUGAAGCUCUCUCCUUCCAAAAAGAGUCGAAUGAGUUCAUCCCUUCGUCGCAUGGGCCCAAGUGGAAACUCUCUCUCCCCUCCCCCGCUGACAGUCCCCGUCUCUGGAGAUAACAAGGCAGAAAUGACAGCCCAGGUGGAAGUGGAGCCAGGCAUCUACUUUCGCCGCCCUGAUUUACUCCCCCGUACUCCACCAGUAGAUGAGACCAAUAGUGACUCUGCUGCCACCACCCUUUCUACCUCUCCAGGCAGUGAGAAAUUCAACACGCCCGCUAACAGGUUCAUGGGUGUGCAGGUUCACCUUCCUGUGGGCUCAAGCUCAGAGAUCCUGAGAAGGGCGAGAAACCUCAGCCUUGAUCGUUCACCUCCUUCAGAAAGAAUUGACGCCGUAGAGUCAGAAUUCAGCUGUGUGAGUGACUGGGAUUUGGGGAGAGGGAAUUUUAGCAGCGAAAUCCCACGUGCAGUCCCCAUCCUUCGCUUUCCGAACCGUCCAACUCAGCGCCCCAAGCAAAGACAGGGCGAGGAGGAGCCCAUGCCCCCCUCUCCGGGUUUCUGGUUAAGCCCGGUGCCUCGCUCUGCCCCCUCUCCCGCUCCUGGCCUACAACUCCCAGAGAACCUCGCGGCUCCCACUGUGAUAAAGCAUUGUUGGGUAGUCCAGACGAGCCGGUCAGGGAGGGAGAAAGGAGGCAAGAUGGUGUUGGAAAGCACUAUGGUGUGUGUUGAUAACAGUGAGUACAUGCGGAACGGGGAUUUCCUGCCCACACGGCUACAGGCCCAGCAGGAUGCAGUCAACAUAGUAUGUCACUCCAAGACACGAAGCAACCCCGAGAACAACGUGGGACUCAUCACACUGGCCAAUGACUGUGAGGUACUUACUACGCUAACCCCUGACACUGGCCGAAUUUUGUCCAAGCUCCACACAGUUCAACCCAAGGGCAAGAUUACCUUCUGUAUUGGCAUUCGAGUUGCCCAUUUGGCUCUGAAACACAGACAAGGCAAGAACCACAAGAUGCGGAUCAUUGCUUUUGUGGGCAGCCCAGUAGAAGACAAUGAGAAGGACCUGGUGAAGCUAGCAAAGCGGCUAAAGAAAGAGAAAGUGAAUGUUGACAUUAUCAACUUUGGGGAGGAGGAGGCAAACACAGACAAACUGACAGCCUUCGUGAACACGCUAAAUGGCAAGGAUGGGACCGGCUCGCAUCUGGUGACGGUACCCCCUGGGCCCAGCCUGGCUGAUGCCCUCAUCAGCUCCCCUAUCCUGGCUGGAGAAGGUGGUGCCAUGUUGGGGCUAGGGGCCAGCGACUUCGAGUUUGGGGUGGACCCCAGUGCUGAUCCUGAACUGGCCCUGGCGCUUCGUGUAUCCAUGGAAGAACAGCGACAGAGGCAAGAGGAGGAGGCAAGACGGGCAGCAGCAGCCUCUGCUGCUGAGGCUGGGAUUGCCACAGCUGGGACCGAAGAUUCAGAUGAUGCCCUGCUAAAGAUGACCAUCAGUCAGCAAGAGUUUGGUCGGAGUGGGCUCCCUGACUUAAGCAGCAUGACUGAAGAAGAGCAGAUUGCGUACGCCAUGCAGAUGUCCUUGCAGGGAGCUGAGUUUGGUCAGGCAGAGUCAGGCGACAUCGAUGCCAGCUCAGCCAUGGAUACCUCUGAGCCUGCCAAGGAGGAGGAUGAUUACGAUGUGAUGCAAGACCCUGAGUUUCUACAGAGUGUCCUGGAGAAUCUGCCAGGUGUGGACCCGAACAAUGAGGCCAUACGAAAUGCCAUGGGGUCACUAGCCUCACAAGCGACUAAGGAUGGCAAAAAGGAAAAGAAAGAGGAGGACAAGAAGUGAGAACAGAGGCGAAGGAGUGCUUGGUCUCCUCCCUGAAAUGGGGCCGAAAAGGGUGUGGGGGGGAGUUGUCACAUAGUAUUUAGGUGAUGGUCUUCUGUAACAGUUAAAACCGAAAUAAAGUUUGGUGAUUUUUUUUUUCCUUAAAA